AUGGAAAACUCUACACAAGGAAAAUCUAAACAAUAAGAAGAUAAUUCAAAUUUCUAUAAUAGAAGAAACUCAGAAUAAGACAGGGAGGAGAGAAUUGAGGAAAAUGUAAAUAUUGGAAUGUGCACUGUUUACACACUGUCUUUCUUUGCUAUUGUGGCAUUGAUUGUCUAUGUAGUCUUUUACGCGAAACACGAUUCAGAUAUUGAGAUUGAUUUAUGA